AUGAUAACAAAAUGGCUGCGGGCAAGGGACAAUGCCAGUGGCGGUGCUGCUGUAAAAUGGAAAUUGUUAGGGAUCAUAAGGGACUCUACGGGUGGAUGGAUCAAGGGCUUUGUUACAAAUUUGGGGUGUGGUAAAAUCCUUGAAGCUGAAUUAUGGGGUGUUUUCAGGGGUUUACUUCUUACGUGGAACGAAGGUAUCCAAAGAAUUAAUGCGGAGUGUGUCUCUUUUACUGCCAUCUCCUUAAUUAAUGGAGAGACUAGGCCUAGUCACCCUCUCUCUAGCCUCAUCCAUAGUUGCAAAGACAUGCUCUUGUGUGAUUGGGAGUGUUCCAUCUCUCAUAUUUAUAGAGAACAAAACAUUGCUGCUGACCAUAUGGCUCAGAUGAGGCAAAGUUCCAAUUUGGGUUAUCAUGUUGUUGGUCUUCCCCCUCCUUCUAUUGUAAGCCUCUUGGCAAAUGACUCUGUUAGGAUGACCACUGCUAGGCUUGUCCCAGUGUAG